UAUAAGCGAAAAUGACUUUACUCAACAAAUCAUAAAGAUAUUGGAACUUUAUAUUUUAUUUUUGGAAUUUGAGCUGGAAUAGUAGGAACAUCAUUAAGAUUACUAAUUCGAGCUGAAUUAGGUACCCCUGGAUCUUUAAUUGGAGAUGAUCAAAUUUAUAAUACUAUUGUAACCGCUCAUGCAUUUAUUAUAAUUUUUUUUAUAGUAAUACCUAUUAUAAUUGGAGGAUUUGGAAAUUGAUUAGUACCCCUUAUAUUAGGAGCUCCUGAUAUAGCUUUUCCUCGAAUAAAUAAUAUAAGUUUUUGACUUCUUCCCCCAUCACUAACUUUAUUAAUUUCUAGAAGAAUUGUAGAAAAUGGAGCAGGAACUGGUUGAACAGUUUACCCCCCUCUUUCAUCUAAUAUUGCCCAUGGAGGAAGUUCUGUAGAUUUAGCUAUCUUUUCAUUACAUUUAGCUGGAAUUUCUUCAAUUUUAGGGGCAAUUAAUUUUAUUACUACAAUUAUUAAUAUACGAUUAAAUAAUUUAUCUUUUGAUCAAAUACCUUUAUUUAUUUGAGCUGUAGGUAUUACAGCUUUUCUUUUAUUAUUAUCUCUACCUGUUUUAGCUGGGGCAAUUACUAUACUUUUAACUGAUCGUAAUUUAAAUACUUCUUUUUUUGAUCCUGCAGGAGGAGGAGAUCCUAUUUUAUAUCAACAUUUAUUUUGAUUUUUUGGUCACCCUGAAGUUUAUAUUUUAAUUUUACCAGGAUUUGGGAUAAUUUCCCAUAUUAUUUCCCAAGAAAGAGGAAAAAAAGAAACAUUUGGAUGUUUAGGAAUAAUUUAUGCAAUAUUAGAUUGGAUUAUUAGGAUUUAUUGUUUGAGCUCAUCAUAUAUUUACUGUAGGAAUAGAUAUUGAUACACGAGCUUAUUUUACUUCAGCAACUAUAAUUAUUGCUGUACCAACUGGAAUUAAAAUUUUUAGCUGAUUAGCUACAUUCCAUGGAACUCAAAUUAAUUAUUCUCCCUCUAUUUUAUGAAGUUUAGGGUUUGUUUUUUUAUUUACUGUAGGGGGUUUAACUGGUGUUAUUCUUUCUAAUUCUUCUAUUGAUAUUACCCUUCAUGAUACAUAUUAUGUUGUUGCACAUUUUCAUUAUGUAUUAUCUAUAGGAGCUGUUUUUGCUAUUUUAGCAGGAUUUAUUCACUGAUAUCCUUUAUUUACGGGUCUUUCUUUAAACCCUUUCAUAUUAAAAAUUCAAUUUUUUACAAUAUUUAUUGGAGUAAAUUUAACUUUUUUCCCCCAACAUUUUCUAGGAUUAGCAGGCAUACCUCGUCGAUAUUCUGAUUAUCCUGACUCAUAUAUUUCAUGAAAUAUUAUUUCCUCAUUAGGUUCAUAUAUUUCUUUAUUAGCAGUAAUAUUUAUAUUAAUUAUUAUUUGAGAAUCUAUAAUUAACCAUCGUGUUGCAUUAUUUACCUUAAAUUUAUCUUCUUCUAUUGAAUGAUAUCAAAAUUUACCUCCUGCUGAACAUUCAUAUAAUGAACUUCCAAUUUUAAGUAACU